AUGUCAGAAUAUUUGGGAUGGCGCGAACGGAAGCCCCCACGGGAAUUGGAUACCACUAGAUUCGACCGAGACAUCUUGCCCGGAGGACCUGUAAGCCAGGGGUUCGAAAACUAUGUGAAAAGUAUCUUCCGACCAGGAUCCGAGAACGCCAAUCAUACUACUGCCAAUGCGGGGCCGUAUACUUACCAUCAACAGAGUAAUGGUCAACUACCAGCAGGGGCUUGCGGAUUGACUGGAGAUCCAAAGGUCAGCGCUUCAGCCCUUCUCAAAAUGGAAGAACAUCUGGGGAAGGAGGCGUUAGACGAUUCUUGUAAGUGCAACAUUAUUAUUAUCAUACGCUUUUUUUGAAUUUUUUUAUCCUUCCAGUGGACCAUGAGAUCCUUUACGAUGAUGCUCUUCCAAGAAUGUAUUCCGAAUUGGGCAUCUCAUCUCCGACGGAACGGAGUUAUCGUCAAUAUCCAGUCUAUAAUCCGAAGACCUCCAGUGAAUAUUUUGCCCUCAAGAACAGUACGACCGCCCCUAUUCGAUACUCAACUGAAGGAUACAAAGUAAGCGUCGAUUCUUUUCAAUAUCAUCUAUCAGGCUUUUACUUUAUCCUUUUUUUAUUUUUAGGGUGCCUAUGAUUCGUAUAACGAAAAGAAGGAGGAUGAUUGGAGGCGAACAGAUCGACAAAUGUUAGUAGAUUAUAAAGACUUUAACAGCUCUCCUCUAUCCCCUUACAUGUACCAACAACAUCCGUACGUUCAACGACAAGACACCCGGAUCGUUGGCUCCAAUUUUGUUCAGCUGACGACCAGACCGCGCGACCGUUUCCUCGACAAGAUCGAUAGGACCCUGGCAGAAGUUAGGGCCAUGCCCCGGUUCUGA